AUGGAGUCUACUGAAGCAGAUUUCUUAUCCUCUCCAGCCUCCCUCCUCGUGGCUUUGGUCACAAUUAUCUUUCUGCUCAACCGAGCAUGGCCCCAUUUAUCUGCACCUAAAGCCGGCGAAGUCAUUGAAUCCGUUGCAAACACCUCUUCAAACAACUCAGACUUUACCGUUUCCAAAGAGCCCGAAAUCCCAGAAGGAUGGUGGAGCGGUCGGGAAGUUUUCGAGCUCGAACGACGCGCACUCUUCAGCCAAACAUGGGUCUACCUUGCCCACAACUCCCAGUUUGAGAAACCCGGCUCGUAUCAAUCUUUUGAUCUUGCCGGGUUCCCAGUCUUUCUCAUUCGUGGUAAGGACGACAAGAUCCGCGCAUUUCAUAAUGUCUGUCGCCAUCGUGCCUAUACUAUUACCAGAAGAGAGACGGGUGCCUCGACUAUUCUUGGUUGUCGGUAUCAUGGUUGGAGCUAUGAUACCACUGGUCGACUGGUGAAGGCUCCUCAGUUUGAUGAUGUUCCUGGGUUUGACAAGUCGCAGAAUAGUCUGUUUGAGGUUCAUACGCAUGCCACUGACCAAGGAAUGAUUUUUGUGAAUCUCAAUUCUGGUGAGCCGGCUGCAUUUGACAGUGGGAUGACUUCGGAUUUGAGCAGAUUCGCUGGUUUGGAAGCGAAAUCUACUUGGGUUGCAGGUCAGACUUUGUCGGGGGACUUUAACUGGAAGGUUGGAGCACGAUCCCGUCAGCUCGAUGCGUACACCAGUGGGCUACAUCGCAGAAUGUCUGAACUAUCGAGGCCAUCUCCUAUCAUGAAGCUUGUCAGGUCUAUUAGACGGAAUAGCACCCGGCAAGAGUGUUUCUUGUUUCCUACUACACUUAUGUAUUUUUUUCAAGACGUGGGCAUAUGCCUCGCCAUUUCCUUCUUUCCCGCCUCUGAGUCGAAGACGAAUAUUCGCUACGACCUCUUCGCCCUGUCCGCUGUGAGUGAACCUGACAUUCGGAAAAUGUCCGAAGUACUGCAGAGCUGGACGUACAAUUUGGCUGCAGAGAUUGAGCUUGAGUAUCAAUCUAUCUUGGCCAAACAAGGGUAUAACUAUAUGGUAUCUGAUGCCCGACAAGAAUUGUUGCUAAUCUUUGAACUAGGUGUUCCAGCGAGUUAG